AUGACCGUCUUCCCGCCUCGAGAGCAGGUCUUCGAGGCUCUCAACGCGUGUCCGCUCGACCGGGUCAAGGUGGUCGUUCUGGGCCAGGACCCCUACCACCAGCCUCGUCAGGCCCACGGCCUCGCCUUCUCCGUGCUGCCCCAGGCCCCCACCCCACCGUCCCUUCUCAACAUCUUCAAGGAGCUGCAGAGCGACCUUGACCUGCCGCCCGAAGCUUUUCCCAACGGCUGCCUGCUCUCGUGGGCCGAACAGGGCGUCCUACUCCUCAACACUUGCCUCACAGUCCGGAGGGGCACGCCGCUGUCGCACUCGGGCAAGGGCUGGGAGAUGUUCACGAAUCGAGUGCUCGAGGCAGUGAGCAGAGAGGGGGACGGGGUCGUGUUCCUGCUGUGGGGCAAGAGCGCCCAGUCCAAGAGCCGGCUCAUCGACCGCUCCCGCCACUCCAUCCUCACCGCGGCCCACCCCUCGCCCUUCUCCGCCGACAAAGGCUUCUUCGGCUGCAAGCACUUCUCGAAGGCCAACGAACUGCUGAUAAAGGCGGGCCAUGAACCCAUUCGCUGGGCUCUGGCCGACGUCGAGCCCCGAUACAACGUUGGCUCUCUUUCGGCGGAAGAAGCGGCUCUGGGUGUUGAUGACGUUGACAGCGCGGACGACGAUGAGGUCGGCGACAGCGGCACGCAGGUCGAAGUGCCCCCCGGGGCGAGCGAAGCGAGGAAUCUCUUCGAGGGCCUGGUGUUCGUCGUGUGCGGCCUCAUCGCCGAGAUGCGCGACCUCCACGCCAAGAUUCGCCAACAGGGCGGCGAAGUGGCGCACAUCGUCUCGGCGCAGAUCACGCACAUGGUGACCACUCAAGCCGAGGUGGACGCGGCCUCCUACAAGGUGGCGCGGGCCAUGGCCUACGACCGGGUGCACGUCGUGUCGGCCGACUUCAUUCACGACUCCAUCCGCGCAGGAGAGCGUUUGGCCGAAGCCGCCUAUACCCUCGCCCAGGCCAGCCCCCAGUCCACCGGUACUGUGGCAGAGGGCUACACCUCGUCUCUGGCGAGAAGCGAGCUUUCCCACAGGACCAGAGAGCUGCCGGCCUUUGGUGUGGCGGAGCAAGAGCAGAAUGGGCCUGGCCUAGUCGCAGCGGCGCAGGUGCUGGACUGGCCUUCCGCCAACCCCUCGCGGCCGCUCAUUCGGGCAAAGAGGAAGGCGGGCGUGGUGUCACGCCUCUCAACACCCGCGUUCCAGUUUGCGGCGCCGCCUUCGCAACUGUCGCUGUCCGCACCGGCCCAGCAGGCAUCGACCGGGGUGCAGCUUGCGGCCUUCGGUGCCGCGUCGGCAUCGCCUUUGGUCACCCCAGCGCCCGUGCCUGUGGACUCGACCGACGCCGUUCUGCCGAAGCCGGCCAAGAAGGACAACUGGCGACCCCACUGGGGCCUCGUCAAGAUCUACAAGGCGGAUGACCCGCACGCCCCGCACUUCCCAAAGGACUAUGACAUCGUCCGCAGGGACGUACUGAACGUGACUGAGCUGAACGAGAAUCGGAACAAGUUCUACAGCAUGGAGCUGCAUGAGGGCAAGGAGAGGGGCAAGAGCUACUUCCGCAUCUACACCCACUACGGACGCACCGACCUGCUCGAUGCCGAGUCACAAUCUGGUCUGGAUUCCACCGGCGGCGUGGCCGAAGAGUCAUCGGACCUGUUCGUCGAGCGCAAGGAAUGUCGAUACCUCCACAGCCUCCAACAAGCCAACUGGAUCUACGACCUGAUCUUGGAGGACAAGUCGGACGCCGAGGCCAAGGGCUACAAGUCCAUCAAGCUGGCCGCCGCCACUGUCGGCUCAGAGAAGGGCCGGGCCGUGGACCAGCACACCAGCCAGGCCAAGGUCGCCCGGGCCAGUGCCGACGACGAAGAGCUCGCAGCUGACAAGGCAACCGCCGCCCAGCUCACGGAGCAGGUGAGGCAGCUGGUGAGGGACAUCUACGAGGAGGCGACGAACCAGCUGACGAGCAAGGUCUCGGCGAAAAUCACAGCGCGCGGGCUCGAGACGCCGCUCGGCAUCCUCGACCUGGAGCAGAUCGCCGAGGGCGAGGCCAUCCUGGGCCGCAUCCAGGACCACCUCACCUCGACCGGCGGUUUCGUGGACCAGGGGUCAGUCGCCAAGCUCUCGGGCGAGUUCUACACUCUGAUUCCGCAUCGGCUGGGGCGCUCAAAAGCCGAGAUGGCCGCGGCGAUCAUCGACACGAUCGAGAAGCUGGAGGAGAAGCAGGAGCUACUCCAGCUCAUGAAGGACGUGCUCAAGUACUGCCGGAGGGGAUUCGCGCUGCGCGUGUUCGAUGCCCAGCAACUACUGCAGGACAGGGCCAAAGGCCGCGAUGUUCGCCCUGGAGUGCCGCUGGUCCAGGCCGACGGCGUCGCGCUGGCCAAGAUCGUCGGCCUGCAGUUCGCGCUCGACACCCUCAGGGCCGCGCCAGAGAAAAAGCAGACGAACGCUGGCGAGCCCGACAAGGAGGCGGGUGAUGGUGGGGCGGCCUAUGACGAGACGUACAUACCCUACGGGCCGACGUGGGACGGCCCGCGGAUCCGGCGCUUCCUGGAGCGUAAGCAGGCCCGCGAGCGCGCCCAGCUGCGACAGAGCGGCGCCAUCGCGUCUGUGCGCGACUACGCGCCCUUCUUCGUCUUCGGCGCCAGCCUGGAUCAGGUCACCAACCACUCGCGCGCCCACCUCCACCUCCCCUUCACCCUUGUUGAACAGUCCUGA